CUCCUACGAGUUGCCUACUAAAACGCAAAAAAAAACGAGUGUGAAAAAGCAAGACUCCUUUCUGCAGAAAAAGACUGAAGAAUGCAAAAAGAAUGCAGGCACACAGCUCCCAGGUAUUGCACAAUAUCCAAAAUGGCGGCCGGGAUUAUUUUUGUCAACAAAUUAGCUAUUUUUGGACUGGAUACGGCGAGAACUGCAAAAUAAACAAAGAUGACUGAAGCAGCACGUUUCCAAGUGAUCCAGGCAGGGGACAGGAGGAAACUGUCCAGAGCAGAGUUUCUCUCACUGCUGAGAACCUACAACUACUUCCUAAAGGACCAAACUCAGCUGCACCUCAGUUACUCCCAGGGUGCUGAUGGAGUGGUGGUGGUGGAAGGGUUCCUGAACAUCUCCUGGGGAGUGCGAAGACCCAUAAGGCUGAAAAUACAGGACGAAAAGCAGAUGAUUCCCUUUGCUCUUCCGAUGUCGUCUGACCCAACCAGUCCAGUCAGCCCGCUCGAAAACGAGAGGGGUAUGACACGAUGGGGAGAAUAUGUUGACCUUCACCAGAUUGAUGAGAUGGCUGAGACAACACAGGACACAGUGGUCAACAGUCCUUUACCAGGCCCAGUUGUUUAUGAGACCACCACACUGCGUCAUGUGAGGCGUAAGAACUUAGAGCUGGAGGCGGAGUCCAACCUGUUUCGCUGUAUGAGUGACGCCUCAUUGGUCAAGAGGAGGAAGGGGAGGGGCAUGUCAGCAGCACAAAGAGAGAAAGUUAGACAACAUCGCUUUUCUAUCAAUGGACACUUCUAUAACUAUAAGACCUCUAUCUUCACUCCGUCCUUUGGUACUCCAACUAAAGUUCGUAUCUCCAGCAGGAUGACCACAAACCAGGUCAUUGAACAGCUAUUAAACAAGUUCAAGAUAGAGAACGAUCCCCAGGAGUUUGCUCUGUACUGUGUCCAUCAGAGUGGAGAAAAGAGGAAGCUCAGUAACAGAGACCUGCCCCUAUGGGAGCGCAUACUACAGGGUCCCUCUGAUGACAUCAUGAGGAUCUUUUUGAUGGACAUGGACGAAGAGGAAGUUAGCAAUGAUGUAGCCCAGUAUCUGAACCUGGAACUUCCUAUCCUGCAGCAGUUUCUGCUGAAACUCAAAGAGGAGGAGAACAGAGAAAUACAGAGCGUCAUUGGCAAGUACCACCACCAGCACAGACUGCUAUCCCAUAUGCUGAACUGUAAGACAUCCCCUCACAUUGAGACCAGUGUCUGAUGACUGCCGAUCUGAAUCACUGACACAGGAUCAGUUACAAGCAAAACUCAUAUUUAACUUCAUAAUUACAGUUAAUGAUGCAAAGGUUUGCAUGUGAAACAUAAAGGUGAAGAUGAUUUUGGAACAUACCACAUGACAACCCUACAGAUGAACAACAAAGAAGUGACAAAAUACAUGGUACUUUCUCAAGUCUUACAAACUGAGUCACUUAUAUCAAUUUUAUUUGCUGUAUUCCUUCAUUUUUUUUAGAGUUUGUAAAAUAAGCAAGAUGCUACUGUAAAUAACUGUAAAUCAGUGUUGUGUGUUCAUUAAUAAAUAUGAGUUGUGGGACCAGCAUGA